UAUCAAAUUUUCUUCACACCUAAGGCCCAGAAAAUUUCACAGAAAAGAAAAGAAAAGAAAAGAAAAGUUUGUCUAUCUGUGAGUAUUAUGGAAGUAGAGAAGAUUAUAAUGGAGGAGGAGAGGAGGGUAAUGGUAGCAGUAGAUGAAAGUGAGGAGAGCAUGUAUGCCCUGUCAUGGUGCCUCACCAACCUCCUUUCUCAGAACUCCAAAACCAACACCCUCGUCCUCCUCUACGUCAAACCCCCUGCUCCUGUUUCCUCCUCCUUAGAUGCUCCAGGAUUCCUUUUCGCUGGUGAUGUCGUUGCAAGCAUGGAGCAAUACGGCAAAGACUUGGCCAAUUCAGUGAUGAGCAGAGCUGAAGUGGUCUACAGAGACUGCAACAACCCCGUGAAAGUGGAGAAGAAAAUCGGAACUGGAGAUGCUAAAGAUGUGAUAUGUAUAGCAGCAGAAAAACUCGACGCAGACAUCCUGGUCAUGGGGAGCCAUGACUAUGGUUUUUUCAAGAGGGUGCUCUUAGGAAGUGUGAGCGAUCACUGUGCGAAGCACGUCAAGUGUCCCGUCGUGGUCGUGAAGCGACCAAAGAAUGUGUAUUGAAUUUGUGUGUUUCUUAGCCUAUGUUUGUAGUAUUAAGCAAAUAUCGAAAGAAUCAUGAUUGGGUGUAGAUAAUUGAGUGAAAUAUGAGGUAAUUUACUGUCAAGAUCUCCUGAAUUUUGCAUAUCAUUGUUCUUUCGGAUCA